ACUAGCAAGAAACCGAGUGCUACAGAUAAAAAGAUUCAAAAGACAGGCAUAAAAGGACCACUUAAGCCUAAGGGAAAAUACACAGCGAGGAAGUCAGCUGGCAGUGUAAAAAGGCGUCCACCCAGCCAGCGAAAACGAGGUAGGUUCAGCAAGAUAAAAAUGUGAGACGCAAAGGAAUCGAUCUUCUCCUGGCCGUGGUAUAAGUUAGUAGUACGAAGACCAAUUGCGCUAUCCACCUUUUGAACACUUGGAGCUUGGUUGUUACUGUUAAGGAGACCAAUAAUAUUAUCAAAGUUUUGGUAACAGUGGAGAGCGAGUGACCAACUAUAGUGACGGCCACCUUUGUCGAACCCCGUUUGAGAUGUCACUUAAACUUUGUAAUGAAAAGCUCUCGUCGGCAACAAUGACUACUUUUGGGAUUACCUAACUGGAGUUUCCUUUGUUUUUAAGCUCUUGUAAGCAACCACUCAGUCUCAUUCACAUUAAAGGGACUGGUUCACGAUAAUGCGCAUGCGCGCCGUUUGUCUCUUCAGAAUAAAUUUGUCGGGUCAACACUAAAUUCGAAAUCGCCAUUACCGGUACAAUCAUUGAAAAUCCUUCGUUUUAUUCGGACAUCCGUCGCUUUGGCUGGUCUAGUUAUACUUCGGUAGUGGUGAUUAACGUGUGGUUGUGUCGUUUGACUGGUUACGUUUUAAGAAGACGCAAAAAAUAAUGUUUUGAUCAUGGAGGUUCAGAAGAGCAUCGUGGCCGUCUGGCAAUAGGACGUUCUCAAGAGUCUUUGGAGAUAGAGAAGCUUAGGCUGUCGAUCUGGUAUGGUUCUAGGAGUAGUGUGUGGCUUACGAAAAGUAUACACGACACUUGGAAAGUGGUUAAAGGCAUGAGUUCGUUCAACUUUGAUUUGAUUUUUGACUCCGACCUGUAGUUAUACCGCAACAGGCCGCGCGAUCUUCACCGAUCUGGUACACUUGAAAUGUUCCUUGUAUCUUUGCUUUACGAUCGUAUUUGUUUAAGAAUUGAUGUUUUUAAAAUAAAUUAUUGCUUGAAUAUUCUGUUUAUAAUCUAGUUUCUUUAUGUGUGCUACUCUAUAACAUUUGUUUUGCGGAACACUGACCCAAUGCAACGCGAAUGAAUUUGUUCAUUUGCUGAUAAGCAUUUUAAAUUUAUGCUCAAUUAAGGAUAAUCUUUAUACUCAUACGUUGUGCGUUUUUGUCACCGGUCAGGUGCUAUUUGUAGGUAUUUCUGGAUUUAUAUAAGGCGAACUGAGAGAACAGUAAUAAGAUGUUUGUUUACAAAUUUUGUUUGCCGAUCGGUGACUGCUUUGUUAGCGUGGGUACGACCUCGUAAAAAUACACGUUGGUAAACGUUUGUUUCAAAGCUGGACAGGGCUGUAAAUCUUAUUCUUAUCGGCUGCAACAUAUAUCUGAGGAGUAGCGAAGAAUAAACUUGAAUUAUGGGGAUAAAUAAAAUCAAACCAAAUGCCCGGAAAUACUCUCGCGUCGGGAACAAUUAAAUUUACUUGCAUGCAUCUAACUCGCUUCCGAUUGGUUGAAAAACAAUCAGCUACUGUCAGAACUCACUCAUGCGCAUUAUCGUGAACCAGUCCCUUUAAUCAGCAGUUCAAUGCACCGGCAAACUGCGCUGAUGGUUCCUUGAGAAGGAUCUUGGGGUUAUUUUAGUGUAAAAAAUUGUGCGCAAAGUUUAGCCAUGUCUGUAUCAGGUAUUCACACUCAUUAAACAUUAAUUUCUUUUUUUUUCUUUAGGAAUUUUUAAUGAUGAGUUUCUGAAGCUCUCCUAAGUGACCACCCUUUAUUCGGUUGCUUAUGAGGGCAUAUUCUUGUAAGCAACCAGCUCUAGUUACGAAUACUUUGUCGAAUUUCUGAGGUGGUCGCUUACGAGAGCUUUGGCUGUCCUCACUAAAAGUCAAUGUUACUUAGUUUCUGAAGUUUCAAGUGAUCCAUCUGAUUUUCUUACGCUUUAAGUCGUCCUGGUUGUGAUGACUGACUUUCAGCUGCUUUCCUAAUCUAAUUCCAGAAUAAUUUGUAGUAUUUCACCUUGUCAAAUACUUAUAGGUUCAUGCAUUGUUCACCUCAAAUGACCUGACCUGACUCGUGACCGUGUUCGUUAGAGCGAUAGUCAGCCUAUAAAUCUUCAUUAUUUCAUCUUUGAACAUUUUUGUUAAUUUUAAUCUUCUUGAGAAUGGCGUCACUAUGACGCCAUAAUGUUGGCAUUCACUCAUUUUUGCUAUAGUAAAUCGCUGUUGAUCAAAAAUCUCCUCUCUUUGCCUUAUCUUAAUUUUUUUUUGUGUUCGAACUGCAACAGCGUUAAAUGACGUCACAUUUUUCUAAACAAUCGCGCAGUGUUAGUAAACGUUUUUGCUGAACAUCAACGCCAAAUUUGUUUAUUUUUAAAUUAGUGUUUGUUGUCCUAUCAAUGAUAAACGCGAUAACCAUCUUCUGUGUCGUCCUCGUCAUUUUCCGCCUAUCUAAAGUACGUAAAACAUAUUUAACCUUGUGAAUACUACUUUACACCCAUUUUUUGUUUUGCCUAGGUGCCACGGCAGCAGAUCCAAUAGUUGUAUCUGAUGAAGAAGAUAGUGCACUGGCAAUGCUCGAGGAGAAAAGGACAUUCUCCAAAGGAGACAAAGAUCCCGUAACUGAAAAUCAUUUUUUUGAAGACGAUGAAGAAAGCGUUGAUGAUGCUCUACUUCAAAUGAUGGAUACAUACGAAGCGGAGAAAGAGGCAAAAGUGGCAGGUAGUCUAAAUGCUACGCUUAGUAAUUCUUCCUUGGAAGCUACGUCUUCAAGUAAGACCGACUGUUCAGAUGGUGCAUUUAAAUUCCUUGUGAAACAAGAAUUUUCAAUUUCAUCAGCCGCUGCUCCUCAAGAUAAACCUUCGCCUACAGCUGUAAAGGUUAAACACACUGCGAAAGGUUGUCAUUCUGAUGAAAGAGUGGAGACCUUCACCAGUGUUUUUUAUCCGCCUAAUGUAAAGGCUGAACUCAUUGAGACUGAAAGGGACACCAUAUUAUAUCCUGAAUUAAGGGAAGAGCAAUUGAGUGUUCAUGAUGAUAAACGUUCUGGAAGUAAAGAUGAGGCGGAGGAGGACAGUUUGUUCAUACAACAGGAUUCACAGUGUCCUUCAAUGAGCGAGGCCAUGGUACAAGAUGAACCAAAUGACCCAGGAGAUAUUAAUCUAUCAUCAAUAAGUAACCGACUUGAAAAUGCCACCAUUGAUGAUGGGACAAACUUUUGGGACGAUUUCUGUGACUACAGCGAACUAGUAUUAGGUUCUCAAGAGAAUGCUUUAGUAAGCAUAGAGGAUGAUCUUGAAGAUGUGUAUAGUACACAGACUAAGGAUAAUCAAGAGAACAGUAUUGUUUUCUUAAAUGAUUAUAACGGACAGGAGGCUGAUGAUGAACCUCACAGCGAUACACUUAGUGAUGAUAUACAAGGGACUGUAUCAGUGUCAAAAGCUGUCAAACGUGUGACAUUUUCUGAUAUCACAGCCCCAGUUACCACAGCCAAGAGUGCCAGCAGAUCAAAUGGUGUGCAGCCUUCUAGGCCAGCUAUCAAAACACCUACUAGAGUACUUAAAGAAGAGCUUUUCUUUCAUGAGAUUCUAAACUGGAAUGUUUCAUGCCUUGGAAACGCAAAAAGGAACAUUAAAUUUGCCAAUCCUUCUCCAAUACCUGAGGGAUUUGAUUCCAUAGACCAGUAUUACGAAACGUUCACACCACUGUUGUUUGUGGAAAUUUUGGAACAGGUAUGUGAGAUGUACAUGUAAAACCAGUUCAAAUACACCCUUUUGUGUGUGUGUUCUGUGUAUCACUGUUGAUUGGGAUCCUUGUGGAAUGAUCAAGGGUAAAUACACUUUGCGGUUUUGUCCUUUCGCUUCCUUUACAAAAAUUCAAAUUAAGGGCAGUUAUCGUUCGCUUUUCUUAAUCAACCAGCAUGGCCGCCAACACACUGUUAACUAAUCACUUUGCAGGAUUUUCUUAAUGGCUCGCAACUUGAAGAAUGUUUCCCCCGUUUAAAGCAAAAGCGUGAAUCUCUCACUCAUUGCGAAUGUCUCCACAGGCUAGAAAAAGCUGGGAAGACGUCAACAUUGAUAAGAAGAAGGUGUUUAUGAACGUUUCAGACGGAAGUGCUUCCAAUAACUUAUCAGUUAUUCCAUGUAUUGGAUUCAUUAGCGAGGAUCAACAAAAGAAGGCACUUUUCCCUCUGGAAAGUGACUUGGUUGUGUUGAGACUUGCUGUUAAUGAUGGUAGAGGUAAGGGUUUUUUAUUUCCUUUUCUCAUCUGAGUUUAUGAAUAGUGCAUAUGUACUUUGGGUGCUUCAUUGUAAGCUAUUCAGUCGUCUCAGCACUCCACACGUCCAAACCCACUUCUAUUCAAGAUUAUUAAAUAAAGUAUUAAAAAAUAAAAUAGCGUUCUAGAGAGAGUAAAAAUUAUCGCAAAAUAUCGUGAUUUGUCAGUGUCUCGCAGAUCAAUUAUUUGCCGAAGCCGACCACUGACAAAUCACGAUAUCUUGCUCAGCCUCGUCCAAUAAUUGUUAAUUGUUUUAUUUUUUUCUUAACAAAAGUCUUUAAACAUUUUUGUGACAACAAUAUUGCUGUAACUGAACAAGAGAAUUAUGGUUUCGAUAACUGUGUUACUUUUAUGACAGGUUCUUACCUGCAGCCCAGAGGUCAGUAUGCCCAGGUAGUAUUCGGUAUUGUGGAGAAAGCUGACGUAAAACCCAUGCAGUCGUCCCGAAGGUUAAGCUUAGACAGCAAUGGAGAAGAUGGUAUACAUAAUUUUAAGACUGUUUAAAUGUGAAUGUUAAUGUUGCCUUUGGUACAAUAUUUCGGUAUUUCACUAAACCUUAUGCCUAUAUAUUUGCUUUUACUUGCAGAUUUGCCAGGUUCCAGAGAGUUUCAGCUUACACUUGAAAUCAAAACCUCUUCAAAGUUCCGACCUGUACGGGAAAGCUGCAUUCAAGUAGAGUAUGUGACAUCACUGUUAACAGCGAUGAGACAAUUUUGCGGCUUGAUGCAUUUUAGCAAGAGUCUUCUAGUAUCUGACAUCCUUAAACCAAGAAAAGCAGUUUACUUUUGCUCUGAAGAUUAUCAGCAAUCAUCAUUCGUGUCAAAGGUACUACGAAGAAAGCUAAUUUUGUCACCGUCGACCACUUUAAAAUCAGUAAUGAUUAUUACUGCUGUUAUUCUUAUUUGGUUAAUUAUACAAAGGGACACAGACCUCUAAUGGUAGCGUUGAUAACCAUUACGUAAAACGUUCAAAUACGCGAUGCCCUCCCCUUUUUCUCAGAACUUAAUUUCUUUUCCUUCUACUGUUUGUCAGAGGCACAAGUACCCAAUAGUUCUCAAAAAAGUAACGCAGUUAUCUUCAUUUAUUUGCAGAAGUUCAAUCAGUCUCAGGAGAAAGUCAUUUCCACGGCAGCAAAUGCAAUACAUCAGGAGUUUCCUUUACCUCGCAUAUGUUUAGUACAAGGUCCUCCAGGAACAGGCAAAUCCUUUACAAUUGUGGGUCUUGUUAGAGAGAUAUUAAAUGUAAGUCAAAGUUAAAAACCUGUUUGUUAAAAAAAUGUGCUGUUCCUUGUUCCCUUUGGUUGUACAAAUUCUCCUGUACACUUUCAGCGUCCCUCUUACGCUACUUUUGUCAACUGCUGCUAAAGUGAGUUUAUUUUUUUGGUCGUUUAUACCUCCUGGGUUUAGUAAGUCACCUGCAUGUUUUCAGUACCGCUUGGACCUAAUCCCACUUUUGUCGACAGCUUACAACCACAAUAUAUUUCACUUGAUGGUGCCCAAUAUGUGUCUUUCAUUGGAAAAUACUGAUAUUGGACCAUUCACUUCAAAGCCCCACAGAACUGGGGUGACACCUUGUUUUCUGCAGUGUGUGUGCUUUUAAUAUACAGAAAUUGAUGGUUUCACGUAGUUGUGAUGUCACCCUUAAGAUUGUAUCCUACAGCAACGAAAAUUUACAGUAAUUAGGCCCAUUUGAAGUAAAGUACAAAUAUAUUUCUUUUGUUCAAAGAGGUUGUUAGUUUUGCAAUGAUUCUUUUAUGUCUUGUAAUGGUAAGUGGAAUAGCAAGGCUUAGUUUAUCAAGAAAGAAGGAAAACGAAGGUGUUUAAUCGUUUUUUAAUGCUUCCCUUACACAGCGGCCACCAAAAGUUGCAACUCAAUCAAGCUCUUCAUAUGGACCCCUAGCCGAUAAACAUCGUAUUCUAUUAUGUGCACCAUCUAAUGGUGCUAUCGAUGAGUUAAUAGGGCAAAUCGCACAGGCAUUGAUUCGUCUUGAUAAACGGAAAGACGGUCGGGAGAACAGGAAAAGCAACCGAAACAGUACAGUGAAGGAAGGUUGGUAAUUGUAAAUGCUCACCCCUACUUUCAAGUAACUCAUUUCUUUCUCUGUAAUGUGCUUGUGGUACAUUCUCGAAUAACGAAACGUCAGUACGGCAGUCUGUGGAUGAAUAUUUUGGUGGCGAUAUUUACCAGUCACGAAAUGGAAAUACCUGUGCGGCCUUUUAAAAAAUUCAGUGGUCUAGGAACAUGCUUGAAAACGUUUGUUACUAUGAUGUGACGUUAUCCCCAUAGGCAUGACUGCUUAUAAGAGAUAAGGAACCACUUUUUCAAUACAUGGCAAUUGCUGGUGUUCACUAUCACGUCAUCAAUAAUAGAAAAUAGGUAAAGUCCAGAAUCUGGAAAAUGAAAGGAGGUAAAUACGCAAUGGAGACGCCAUGCUUGUGUACAUCGGACUGGGCACCAACAUGGCGGCGGGAAACCAACAGAAUCGUCUGUCGCUGAGUUUUGCUAUGAAAGGAACUCUGAAACAUUAAAGGAUUCCUUUUUCUAAUUCAAGGACUAUUCAGAUAGGAAAAUCUCCCAAAAUAAGUCACUGUCUGUCUCAUCGUAGAUGAAGUCAAGUAAAGACCAGCAAUUGCGUGAAGUAGCUGCUCGUUGCCAUCACUUUGCUGGUGGGUACUGAACACCAAUUAACUCAGGGAGUGCAUAUCAUUUGCAUAAAAUGGACUUAAUAAUCGGACAAUACUUGUGAUUCAAAACAAUUCAAAUACAAUUUGUCUCUAUGUUUAUGAUUUCCAAAUGUUCUUGGCGACGGAAUCUACGCUUAAAUUGCUGGGUUCAUGAUCAAAAUGUCACUUUACGUCAUUAAAAAGUGCAGAGGCCCAGGCAUCAAUAAAACAUUUUUUAAAACUUUUUCUUGCUAGUUGUCUCCAGGAAUUGCGGUGAUUUGUCUUUAGUCCGGGUGGGUCGCAAGUCACACAUACAUCCCUCUGUGAUGAAGUUUUCUUUGGACAGCUUAACAAAGGAAGUGAAGGAAAGACAGACCGUUGUUUCUGCCGUAGGAGAUCUCAGCUCCAUCAGAGAAAAACUUAAGAUUUAUGAGCACAGAGAAAAGGAGUUGGACAUAGAGAUUCUAGAAUUAAAGAAUUCUCCUUUCCCCGAUAAUAAUACCAAGGUAUCUUUUUGUUCUUUUUGGUGUUUACUCGUAACAUUAUCAAGGUCAUAUUUCGUUCCAUAAGGUCACCUGGCGAUUGUAUUCCUAUUUAUAUUUCACCCAAUUUGGGUUCUUGUCAGGCCACUCCAUGCUUUUCCUUGAUGCUAUUCGUUCUGGGGCCAAUUAAAAGCAGUUUUCCCAUGAUGCUUUUCAUACUAUUUAGUCUUCUGUUUGUAAUUCCCUCACAGCUCUGAAUAUAAGCUUUUAAUAAAUCGAAGCAAGUAAACAUCCAUAAGAGAGUCCUUUUGUUCAGAAACCCCGUUAGCCUUUUAUGGGAAUCAUUUGGAAGUUUAUUAAGUAAUACAAUACAAAUUCCCACUGUGAGAGAUUGAGCGAUUGCAGUAAACGCUACGGGAUACAGCUAAUUCCAAAAUGUCGACAAGUUACUUUUCUUUUCUACAUUUCUGUUAAUUAGCCCUUUUUACCUCUGAUAUGAUAUAUAUAUAUGGCAUAUAGGGUGUCUACCUUAUUCCACUGUUAGUGAAGUUUAUCUCUGUAUUCUACGCGUUAUUUGUUUUUUAACAGCUGAGUGACAAGAUAAGGGAGAAAGAGAAGCUUAUCACCACCAAAAAUGAACUUCGCAUGAAGUAUCGUGCAGAGAAAGCUAAGGACGCUGAUAGCCGGCGCCAGGAAGCACGAAUAAGACGAGAUAUUCUAGACUCUGCAGAUAUCGUUUGUACCACCCUCAGUGGAGCGGGCAGUAGAAGCUUAAAACGUGACUUGCAACAAGCUGGAAGGUAUACCUUGGUUGCACUGCCUUCUUCUAUCCGUUCGGUUUUGUGCUAAUAUUCUCUGUUUACUAUUUGUAGGCCUAUUUGCCCGUUUACCUGCGUUAUCGUAGACGAGGUAAGUCUAGGUUACUCCUUUUUUGAUUCAAGUUUUAACAACCAAACUUUCCCAAGAUGCAAGGAAUCAGGUUGUCUAAGCGGAUUUGAUUUUCAUUUCCCAACUGUGGAAGAAGACCCCCUGCUUAAAAACCGUCAAGGUUCUUUAUCUUCCCCACGACCUGAUAAGGAAAGAUGAACGGGAUAAGGCUAAUAGAUUUAUGGGACCAAUCAGUGACAUGAUCAGCUGAGGUGAUGUCAAUUGUUAAAGACGGCAAGCUCACUCUUGGGAGUUAUUAUAAAGAGGUAUAGGGGUAAGUUGUGCAACUAAUAAGGUGAAAUGGGCCACCGUAAUUUCCCUAUGUUUUGAGAGCUGGUCUUUUUUCGGAGUCUUAACAAAAGUGUCACCUUCAAAAUUCCAGCUAAUGAAUCUGUUUAUGUUUGACAAGUUACCUCAUAAGAAAUUCUAUGGUUGUGGUCCGGUCUGGGAUAGAAUAAAACAAAAAAAUGUGUAAUUAAAGCUUCACAGCAAUGGGUAUUAUCUUCUGUAGGCAUGUCAGUGUACUGAACUAGAUGUCCUCAUAGCGCUUGAACAUAUGGCGUCCAAGUUGGUGCUUGUUGGAGACCCCGAGCAGCUUCCACCCACGGUUCUGUCCAUGGUAAGUAAUAUCACAGGGUCGGUGUCUUUUGUAUGACUUCAUUUGGUGAUUGCACCCACCCGUAACACCAAGAAACUACCAUACAGGGGAUGGAGGUGGGAAAUAAAAUGAGGCUGAAACAGUUUUUAGGAUUUAUGAAUCCUCUUUUUUGUUCAGUAAUAUAUUUGACGUUCUCUUUUGUCCAUUUUUAGAAGGCAAAGGAGAAAUUUUUUGGACGUUCCAUGUUUGAAAGGCUGUACAGGUUCUUCAGACAUCACGGUCAGUUAUCUUCUUAUUAACAUACCAUUUAUGCGUUCAUGAUUUACAAGUAUUAUUUUCCUGUUUCCGUUUUUUUUUUCCCUCUCUCUUUUUUUUAAUUUGUCAGAGCGUUAAUUUGCGGGUAGAUUUCAUCUGAUCUGAUCUCUAAAAUUGUAGUCAGCCCUCGCGCUGCGUGAGCGUUCUUCUUUUACCUCCGGGUUUUUAAAUUAGUUUAAUGCAAUUUAGCCCAUGUUAAAUCGUGAUCAAGCAAAAGCCCUAAAGCUGAAAUUACUAUGAUCGUGAAAACAAGAAUGUCGAAAAAAAGUAAUAGAUGGAUUUUGCGCGAUCAAGUCUUGUUAUUGGAAAAACUUGUUCGGGAUAAAAGUACGAACUCCCUGGAUAACCUUGUAUAAGGAAACAAACCCUGUGGUCGAUACUCUGAGCAUCCAAGGUUUAAAAAGAUCGACAAAAUAAGUUGACAUUGGUUUCUGGAAGUGCUGUCAAAAAAAGCAGUAAAAAAAAAGCUUGGUGUGCGAUGAAUUCGUGUGCGUGGUCGUGUCCGAUCUAGAAGCAGAAAGGCGUACAGCAAUAUACACACUCAGGCAUACUCACAAAGAGGAACACAUUCUCAUCUGGACGUGGCGUUGACCUGUGGUUGAGGCACUUGUUCUGUGAUCUGGAGGUCGCAGGUUCAAGUGUAGCACUGACCACUUGGUGAGGUUGUUUCCUGGUGGUCCCGAGUUCAAACAAACAAACCAACUGAAGUAGGCUAGACUACUGCCAUUCAUUGUACAGCCAAAUACGAGAACAAAGCGUCUUAGGCAGACUUUCUGCAGGCUUUUCUUGACUUCCCUCAAAGAAAGUCUGAUAAAAAGCAGCAAAUUCGCCUCCCUUAGUGUUUAAAAAUUCUAGUUAUAUCGCAAUAAGUCGGCAAAGUAAUAAAACGAUCCCCGUGUUUUGGCAAGCGAUGAAAAAAUUUGCAUACAACAAACGCCAUCAAAACAAUACCCUCUGAAUUAACAUGUAACAUCAAAGUUUUCUGAUUCUUUCGAUCUUCAUGGCGAUUAUUCCAACUCACAUUGUCAAAUGUUGGGAAACUCUCCUUAAGUUGAAUUCCAUGUCACCGCUUGGUUACUUUCUCCAUAACGUGUAAAAUUAGGCAUUUUCCAAAGUGUGCUGCACGCCCAAAGUUGUUGUUUUGCUCUUUGAAGCUCGAACGCGAACCCCGAAAAACUAGCGUGGAGCUCGAGAAAACGACGCGUGUAAGCAGUCUACUGUACCUUUUCCAACUGGUCAUCUUGCAAUCAGGGACGGUCUUUUUGAACCUCGCUGUCAAAUUCACGACAGUAAACAACACACUCUGGCAAUUCCAUCUAUGGUGGUGUCAUAUACGCAACUGUCGCUUGUUUUAAAGAAACUCAAGGUGAAACUUGCGUACUUCGAAAAAUGUGAAAUUUGGUUAUUAUGGAACACGCUUUUUUUCUUCUUUUAUAUUUUGGAAUUUGUCUGUUUUCCUUACAAAACACAUGAUUGUUAGAGAUCCUUCCGGCAAAUGUCUUCCAAGUGGUGUGGGUUGUUUACCUUCUACUCGGAUGGUGGUUUUCUCCUGGAAUAUAGAUGGUUUGCGUCUGGCAACAUAGUUUUUCAAUUAGAUUGAAGUCAUCAAGGAACACUGGAGUAAGGCCCUGUUUGCAUUGCGACGAAAAACAGAGUUUGGCGUUGGCAAAAAAUUUGAAAAUUUUGAAAUCAAUUUUUUUGUUUUUGUAACCUUGUUCGCCCCUGAGAUGAGCGAAAUUGUCCGCAUAAUCAGAAACGUUAAUUAAAGCAACUUUAAUUGGUCAUAUUUGCGAAUUAAGAUGACCUUUUGAAGGAUAGCUGUCAAGGAUAAAAGGAAUUUGUCGCCUAGCAAAAAAUUGUAGGCCUCUAAAUAUUCUCGACGGCAUCUUUGACGUUUAGUGACAGUUGAUAAUAUCUUGGUAGGUGUAAAAAAAAAUCGUUCGCUUUAGAUAUGGCUUCCUGUUGACAGAUUUGUUUGCUAUAAAAAUCAAAACUUCCCGUAGUGCGAACAGGGCCCAAGCGUCGGCGGAGGAACUGAUAGUUGCUGAAAACAGGAGCAUCGAAUAGAGGGGAAAACUGAAGGAAUACUUCAAAUCUGACGUUGAUGCUUCACGGUUAUAACUCUAAGUGUUCGACAUUGUUGCCUCUUUAAAUUUUGCGGAUGCCGGGCAAAUAUCUUGCUUCUUGCAAUCGAUAAAAGACGCUGGCUUAAUAUACAGGUCGGUAAUUCUUAUCGAAGGUCUAGAAGGAAAUGAAAAUUGCGGAAAAUCGAAAGUGGCUUAUUGUCAGUGCAUCUUUAAAACACGUAAGUAAGACAACUCAUGCGCAAAAGUUUAGUUGAAAGUAAUUAUCUUUGGCCACUUAAGAGCAAUGGUUGGUCAAAUUUGUUCUCAUGGAAUGAUUAUGAAAGCUUCCAGAUGUGAAAGAGCGUGGGGUUCAGAUGUUUUGUUGGUAAUUGAUAUUUUUAUUGGUAUUUAAUCAACUUCAUAAAGUAUGCAUUCGGAUGGCAAGGCUACUUGUAUAAGAAGGGAAAUGAAAUGGAAACAAAGCGACAAGUGAGAAAGGAAGGCAUUUUGUCUGGAUUUUUCGAUGGGAAAUUGAAUUGUACGGGGGGUAAUUUCUUAACUCUAUAAGACCUCCAGUUGAAUUGCAAAGCUCGUAUCAACGCGUUCAACUUUGCAAAGAAAGGAGAAAUCUGUCUGCGCAAUCCAAAGGGACAUGAAAGUUGAUGUCGAUGGAAAGUGGCGUUCAUUGGUUGGUAGCUGACAUUAUUGUUGGUUAAUAAUCAGCAGCCGAGAGACCUUCAAGUGGAUGGUAAAAUUUGUCAACAUUUUAACAUUUUAACCGCUUUUACAAGAGGUCAAAAAAAAAAUAGUUAGAGAGAAGCGAUACGACAAGUAUAAGUGUACUUUCAGCGGAGGCAAUAUGAAGCGAUUGAGUUUUCUGAUGUGAGGCGUAUUGAACCGGUUUUUAGAAUCAUUAAAGAAAGGGGGACUUCAGUUAGCCAAGGACGUGGAAGCAAUUGCCUCGAUGACAGGAAGAGGUUCCACAAAACAAGAUUUUAAAAAAAAGUUUUGGUAGGGCGGAUUGGAAAAAUUGAGGGAAUGCUAUAUAAAACUCCGAAACAUACUGAAAGUUUGCAGGUAAGUUAGUUGCUUGUAUGCUAGUUCUCCAAUCUAGCUGGGCUAUUUCUGUAGACAGUAAUGGAAUCAAAACUCAAACGAGUUGAUGUUUUUACAAUCGGGCUUUUGAGUGAAGGUUAUGCUUUUAAGAGGUGUAAAGGAUGUUAUGGGGUCUGAACUUUAAAAAUAAUGAGGGUAGUCGUAGCCAUUGAGGUCAAUCAUCCCUCAGUUAUAAAGAAGUGUCUCCGGGUAGGUAGUGGUAGUAGCAGCAGUAAAUAAAUAAAUGUCCGGGAAACUUUGUUAGAUCAGUUCAGUACUAAUGAGACUGUCCAAAUAUAGGCGAAUCUUUGUUUACAUUUCUUUGCCUCAUUAAUGCAUGCUUAUUCUCUGAUCAAGCUGGUGAAAAGCAUUUCUAGAUACUGAAAGAGGAUAGCAAUGUCAGUAAUAUCUGAAAUUUGAGCCCGAUUAACCGAAUAGUUUCGGAUAAAUUCUCCUUUAUAAACUGAAAAUUUACAAAGCAGACGAAAUGUUUCAUAGGUAUUGCUUUCAAAAAGCUGAACAUCGUUUUAACUCAAUUAGAGGACGCUUUCUUCAUAACUCGCAUGCUAAUAAGCAAAUUGUGAACAAAGAGGUCAGCAAAGACUCGCUUGUUGUUGGAGGAGCAGGGGGGCUUAUUUAAUCGUAAAUUUCCUUCCAGCCAUCAAUCACUUUUGGAAACAUCGUUUCUUUUCUCAACGAAAAAUCCUUAUGAUCCGGAUUUUUGAUCUGAUCUUGGAUUUUAGCAAAGAAACGCACCCUAAGUUUUCAAAAUUGGAAAUGUUUUUAUUUUUUUGGUGCCGUUUAUUCGUCACACACUAAUAAGAAAGUUGGACCAGUCGUUAGUACAGGACAUGAGAGGAGACGCGGAAAGGCCAAAAGGCACCAGUGAGCAGAUUUUAAAUAUCAGGCUAUCACCCCGAGUUCUUAAAAUUGUAGCCAUCCUCAUCUCGCGCUCCUCGAGUGUUCCCAUUUUACUUUCGAGUUUUUUAACGUUGUGCAUAAUUUUUAAUCGACUUUAAAGCAGUCUAGCCUAUGUCAAAUUGAGAGGAAUCAUGAUAGCAAAGUCGCCGAAAGUAGUAAAAAAGAGAUUUUCUUUCUGUUAUUUAAAACCCCUCGUCUUUAUGUCUUCAUUGUUCGGGAUAAAAAUACCAACUCCACAGGUAACAUUUCGAAAAAGAAAAAAGAACAGAUUCCAUACUCUUGGCAUUGGAGUUUUCAAAAGAUCAACAAAAAGUGUUGGUAGUGGUUUCUGGAAGUGCUUCAAAGCAGCGAAAGAUACUGCUUUUUGUGCGACGAGAUUCGUUAGUGUGGUCGUUUGCGACCUAGAAGCUGACAGGCGUACAACAAUCUGUACACACAGACACCCAGAAACAGAAACAAAAUCCCAUCAGGAGGCAGUGUUGACGAGUGGUUGAGGCACUGAUUCUGUGAUCCGGAGGUCGCAGGUUCAAGUGUAGCACUGACCACUAGGUGAGGUUGUUUCUCGGCAGUCCCGAGUUCGGCCUCUUCGUCACUCCGCCUUGGUCCAAUCUAGCUGUCUUCAGCUAGUCCUGGUGAUGUCUGUUUACAUCUGACCAUUUAAUUUGAAUGCAUGUAGGGAAGAUUGCUGCCCUGUCAAAUUUGACAAAAUAGCCUCCUACGCAGACGUUCUGCUUGCUUGUGCUUCACUCCCUUCGAGGAAGUUCUGUUAAAAAGCAGCAAAUCCUGUCUCCCUUAGUUUACGAAAAUCGUAGUUAUAUCGCAGUAACCGAUUCCCGUGUUUUAGUAAGUGAUGAAAGGAUUUGCAUACGUUCAACAACAUCGAAAUUAACGUGUACGAUCGAAGUGCUCUGAUAAGUACGAAACACUGUGUUAUUUAUGGACAGUGGUGAAAUGUAUAUUCUCGGAAACUAUUAAGAUAAGCGAACAGGUGUAUUUUUGCCAUCUCGAUGCAAUGUGCCGAUAACGUGGAUAUGGCAACGGCGACGCCAGCUCGAGUAGCUUGCACUAUAGGCGUUAUUAGGAAAGUUAAGCUGGCUUGAAAUGUGUACUUGUGUUCUUUCAGAUUUAAUCAUGAUUAUUCCAGCUCACUUAAAUUAGCAAGUAUAGAAAAACCAUCCUGGAGUUAAAUUCCUAAGGACCAUAUCCAAGAGAAAGGACGGUUUCGUCAUAGCUUGUCUACCUCCUUCAUAAUGAGUGAAAUUAGGUAUUUUCAUGAGACAGUCGUGAUGGUGACUGUGCAAUGACGGUGAAGAAAUCUUCAAGAAAGUGUGUUGCACUUCCAAAGUUGUUGUUUUGCUUAUUAAACCUUAAACACGAACCCCGAAAGAUUAGAGUGGAGCUCGAGAAUACACCGCGUGUACUUAGUCUUUUGUACUUUUCCACGUGGUCAUUUGGCAAUCACAAAUUGACCCUUUCUGUUAAAUUCACGACAUUAAAAAACACACUCUGGAAAUUUCAUCUAUUCUGCUUGUAUCAUACGCAAUUGUCGCUUAUUGAAAAAAAGUGACGGUGAAACUUAUGUACUUCAAACAAAUGAGAAGUUCAGUUUUUACCUUGAUAUCUUUUCCCAUAUAGAGCAUGGUUUCUGACUCUAUGGAAGAUGGCACGCUGACUUCCGGAAUUCACUCAUGCGUGAUAAGAAAACGGAACUAAAAAUACUCUCAAGUUACUGUUUUCGGAUGGUAUUGAUUACAGGUUGUCCUCUUCUCAACGUCAAAACGAGAAAUCACCGACUUCCUUUUGAAAAGGGCGCAAACAGUUCGAUCCUUUUGUGCAACCCAUGGGGUUAAAACAAAGUUACCAACGAAACUGUUCGCUAUUUUCUAUCCUCAAUUGGGGAAAACACGGUACUUUUCUUUUCUCGGCUUCCUAGGAAAAGCGAUCCGCGAAAAUCUUCACGGCAAUCGAUUAAUUUAUAUCGUCCCUAUCAGAAAGAACUUACGGUUAUUUGGAGGUAACGUGGCCGAGUGGUUAGUGCGCUGGACUUGCAAUUUGGUGGCCCCGAGUUCAAGUCCCCCCCUAACCGCUAGCUGGAUUUGUUUCACGGUAGUCCCGAGUUCAGAUCCUCGACCACACUCUUGAAUAGCCGACUGGAUUUGCCGCCGGCCAGAUGGAUUUUUAAUCCCAUCAAACCCAAUCAAGCAUAAGUUACGUUUGAUGUAGAUGAUUUGUUUCAGUCAUUUUCUCGGCCAUGCUAGCCUUUGUGCUAUCAGCACUGCAAGGGUAUAUAAACCAGUUAUUAUUUCGCAUCGUCAUCAUCAUCGUCUUCGUCGACGUUAUUUAAAUUUCGCACGGCUGAUGAUGUUUAUAUCCCCUCUGGGCCUGGAUAAUAGCAAGUUGCCUGGGAAAGCCAAGCUGUUUCCUUUCAUCUUCUCUACACCUCGAGCAUGUUUCUUGAAAGCCUUGCUGGUCCAACAGUGCACAUUUCUGAAUCAUUGUUGUUGACACCUCCGCCUCAAUAGCCCUCCAAUGAAAGGGUUCCGAUCCUUAUGCCACCACCACCACCGGAAUCACCUUUGUCCUUUCACCCCGCAGGUUUAGAACUUCUCUGGGAAGAUCUUGAUAUUUUUCAGCUUUCACAGCUUCCUUUUUCCUCGCCUGCCCAUCCUUUGUUAUUGGCAAAUCUAUCAUUUGGCAGCACCUGUGUCUCCUGAUCACCAAAUCCGGUCUCCUGGCCGCAAUUCAUGACCUGUUCGAACACCGAAUUCCUCCCAAAACGUGGUCAUUCCUUCUUUCAUUCCGCUGAAAUUUGCACUUCCCAGCCAGGGCCCAAUGGAUUGCCCAAGCCACUUUGUCAUUUCUCCUCUUUGAUUCUUGUGCCAGUUUCGGGCAUGAACUUAGAAUAUGGCUGAAGGUAUUAGCUUCUGCUCUUCGAUUUGUCAAUCUUUGCUUUCACGUAAUUAGUACGUAAGCUAGAUCCUUAACCGCAUUGAUGAGAGCUUGUUCUCUCUUUCUUUCCUUCAAUCAAGUCCACGUUUCCUGGGUUACAUGGCCUUUACCCUAUCUCACAAAUUUCGAAUAUAACGGUUUCGUCUCCAUUCUGAAUUAAGUUCUCCUUGGUCCAAAGCCGGAGGGCUUUUUUUUGUUUUCAACCCCUUCCCUCCUGACUGUUUUCAACAGUUCCUCAUCACUGGAUUGGACACAACUUUCUAGCGAUGGGUCCUCGCUUGAUUGACAGAGUCGUCUAUGGAUACCAGGGCCAUUUCUUCGACCUUCCUUGGCACUUGAAGUCGUGCCACACAAGACCGUUGAAUGAACUCUUUUGUCCUGUGGCCUAAAUCCUGAGGUUCGUGUUUUUUCAAUUCAAUACCCCCCCCCCCCGCCAUCCACAUAUCUGGCAAGUGACACUGCCCAGUGUCUAUUAUUAUUAUCAUUAUUCUCUUUAGUUCUCUUGUCUUUUUUGGGUCUUCUCAGCCAUGAUUCAGCAGCUUCCCGCAGCUUAGAGAGACAACGCUUUCCGCAAGAUGUGAGAAGUACCAAGGAUGGCCAACAACUAUGCUCGUCCAAAACUGUUAAGCAGACGUAACCUCCCAUACCACGCCUUUUUCAUUCUUGGAGAUAGCGUACCAAUCACAGUGGGUAGUAUUGUCACUUUCGUGACUAUUGAUUCUUUUACUUUUGAGCGCUAAGUUUUGAUACCUUUCCACCUUCUCCACCUCAGUAGUAAGGAUAUUCUGGUCCACUGGCCCAGCUAUGUCAAUGUGUGCCACUUCUGUGUACCUUUGUGCACUAUAGUAAUAUUUGGCCAAUUGUACCUCAGCCGCUUGUCUGGGAAGGCACUCCUGUCCCAAGUUAUCCUCUUUUCUGCACUCUGCAUUUGCUAUGGCUUGAUGGUCUAAACACUUGUCGGUACACUGUAACCAUACUUUCCGCCAAGUUCCUGGUAUACCCGUAGAGCCCCGUCCUCUCUGUCCUCUCUGGGCAAGCUUCCUACAUCUGCUGACAGUUUGAUGUACUGUUUCAAUGAAGCGAACAAAAUCUGCGUAUAAUUGUCUCAUAGGUCUUCUCUAUUCCGUGUUUGACCGAAUUUUUUCUUGAAGCUUGUUCUUGAGGAUCAAGUCUUUUGUUUCCUAUUUUAAAAACCAUUCCUGAUCCAUUGCCAGGACUCCUCUCCAGCCACAUCUGGAGAGAAGGGUUUUUACUUCCAACUCCACACUUUCUCCUCUUUCCUUGUCCUCUAGGAGCCCUGAAGAUUACCUUUUUAUAAAGCACGUUCUUCCUCAAAGCCAUUUGCAGCACCUACUCUGUGCUCUCUCUCUCAGGGAGCCAUGCAAGGAUUUGCUCUCCCUCUCUACCACUCGUAAAACCAGUCACCCCCCCCUUCCCCUCACUUCCUACCUCGGUAAAUACAGUCUGGCAACAUUACUUCUGGCGUGUAAACAGCAUUUCAUUGCCAAUAUCUUCCUAGUAUUUCUAUCCCUGCUGACCUGCUCUUCUACUCUGCAGUCUAUGAUACCUGCACGGCAGCGUAGUACAUCUACAGCCCAGGCUUUUAUGCCACUAAUAUGACUUCCGCCAUUCAAUUUGGAUCUACACAGCUUCUUAACUCUUCUGAUAUAUCCCGCUUUUUUCUUGCCUUUCAUUUUGGUAUUGAUAGUCUGGUCCUGUUGAAAUUCCCAUACUAUCUGUAGCCCUCAUCUACAACUUCACUGUGUUGGUCAUCUGGUAGGUCGAUUUCACUGCUGUCCAAUUUCCUUCCUCUUCUCAUUUCCAAGACACCUUACUUGUCUAGCCAAAACGACAUUUUGAUUUAUUCUAAUAACAUCCUUACCCCUUUUUGAUGCGAUGAACAAUAGAUGGUCGAUGGGCCUCAUGUCCUCUGCUAGUCUGUAUUCAGCUUUCAUCUCUCUUAACACUAGAGUCAGUGAAAAAAAAAAAUAGCAAGGCGAACAAUGUGUCUUCUGCCCAAGCUCCACUGCACGUGAUGUCAUCACCGUCUUUCAGUUCAGUCUGCUGUUACUGAUUAUAGAGAUUUUAUUCUUGGCUACCCUAACCAUCUCAAGAUUCACGAAUAAGGCACCAUAUCAAAGGCCUUCUUAUAAUCUGUUCAAGCCACUGAUAAGUUUUUCAGCCUUCUUCGGCAGUUCUUCUGCACAGAUUAACCUUCAAGCAAUUGAUCUUUUUCUCACGUUUCCUAUUAUACAGCUAUUAUGAAUCUACUAGCAAACCAUUCCUCUCCAGCCGUAGGUUUUACUUCUCUCCCAUGAUUCCCGUCAUGGAAAGGCAGGCUAUAGGAAGAUAGUUGCUGGCCUGGUUCCCCUUCGCUGGAUCCUUCUUUAUCGAAAUUUUAUUCCUGUGCCCAUCCAUUCUGGAACAUUGCCGUGGCAAACGCCUUGUAGCUUUUCUUGCAAUCUAUUGUACCUCUGUCCGUCUCUUAAACCAGUACCCUUUUUAAUUUGCCAUCUUGUUUUUUUAAAAUUGUAAUGUCCUCCACUGAGAUAAUAGUGGAGCUCCAUAGCUGAGAAAAUUUGGUGAUGUAUCCAUCACGUGCCUGUACGUCCGUCCGUCCGCGCCAGAGGGCAACCAAUAUGAAAUCUCAGACUUUCCAGCAAGAUUGGAGCAUAAAAUUGCAUGUGUGGAGCUUAAAAUCAAUGUUGUGGUCAAUUGAUAGCUGUCAGAACAGAGUAUCCGUGGACCAUUAUCACAUGACCGUUUCGACCCAUCGAGGUUACGUGAUUUUUGAAGUUAUCCGCAGACAAGUUACUAGUUUUCAGUUGAUCGCUGGCUCAAUUUCAAGUGGCAGCUUCAGUGGGUGCAUCUACCUCUGUUUCAUUUCAUCUGUUUUCUGGAACAUUAACUUGGCAAACGCCUUCUAGCUUUUCUUACAAUCUAUUGUAUCUCUGUCCGUUUCUUGAACCAGUACCCCUUCCAAUUGCCAUUUUGCUUUUACUUCGGCGAAGCGCGAAGUAAAGGAUUCGCGACACUCAGGAACGUUUCAUAAUUUCACAAAUUAACACCUUACUCUUACCAUAUUUGAGUUCUUACUGUUCCUCCGCAUUUACAAUUAAUUAGUUCCACAAACCACGACACCGAAGUGUACGCUCCGUAGCGUCUUGUUUUCAUUUGUAAUGUCCUCCAAUGGGAUAAUAGUGGAGCUCCAUAACUGAGAAAAUUUGGUUAUGUAUCCAUCAAGUGACUGUACGUUCGUCCGUCCGCGCCACAGGGCAACCAAUUUGAAAUCUCAGUCUUGCCAGCAAGUGUGGAGCUUAAAAUCUAUUUUGUGGUCAAUUGAUAGUUGUAAAAACAGGGUUAACCGCUGACCAGUAUGACAGACCGUAUCGACGCAUCGAGGUUACAUGUUUUUUGAAGUUGUCCGCUGACAAGUUACUAGUUUUCAACUGAUCGCUGGCUCAACUCUAAGUGGCAGCUUCAUUGGGUUCAUCUGCUUCUGUUUCAGCUCAUUCCUUGCUAUCUAAGGUUUCAUUAUUAUAAUUAUUAUUAUUAUUAUUAUUAUUAUUAUUAUUAUUAUUAUUAUCAUUAAUGUUAGUGUUUCAUUGUUAUUAUUAUUAUGUUACAAACUUGAGGUCUCAAAUAGACGAUCUUUGAUUUUUCACACACAUCACCCAAUGUCAACCGAAAGACCUCGUAAGUUAUCAUCUAUUUUGUUUCUGUUGUCCGCUCGAAUAAGUGUAAAAUUUUCAAUUUACUUCCAGGAUUUGGGAGUGCCCUGUAUAAGGCUAUUCGUAUCCUCAAACAUAAGUUGGAGAGGAUCGUUUCAUGACGUGCAAUGUAAACUCUUACGGACAAGUUCGUUCUUCUGCUUUUCCUUAUGCUUAUGUCGUAGCUUUGACUAGUGGAAACGGGGUCGACAUAAGCACAGGCAUAAGCACAAGGCCGUGGACCAAUCACAGGUCACUUUGACCCAGACUUCAUGCGAACAUAUCCAUCAUGUUUAUCAUCGGGUUGUGGAGAGCUGGUAUCAAGAAUUGAGUCAAAUGUGCUAUUCUGCGCGUGCGUAUGUUCUUAUGCUUAUGCUUAUGCGCUAGUGAAAACCAGGCUUUACCUAGAGGCUUUCUUAAAGCAAGAUUCAUGACUGUUUAACUUGUUGCAAAGUGCCGAUACCUGAAAUAAUUUUUGCCUCGCAUUUUACUUGUGACGUCAACAACUCCUGCGACACCUCUCUCCCACCUCUCUCUUCUUUAAUGAGGCAAAUGCCUCAUCACUUAAUGGCUUCCAAAAUAUUAAUUCCUGUAUAAACUUGGUCAUCCAUGCUUUAAACCCCCCUCUUUUACAUACACCUCUUAAGUUAUGCGAUGCUUUCUGAACGAAUUUCCUUUUUUUAAUCGUUUAAUUUAUUCCAAAAUUCGAAUACAUGUAUAAUUUUUGACUAUCAUGCUCUAUUUGUGGUGUUCUGGCUUUCUUUUUGUUUUUCGGCUAUCAUUAAUCAAUGUACUUAUGUAGAACAUGGAUACGAAAGCCUAAAAGCUUCGCUUUCUUGUCAAGAUUAGAGAAUUACGAGGUCCUUAUGAGGGGUGGUCUUCCAGGGUUACCAAACGUGACAUCCUCUACUGGCAUAUUUCACAAGUUUACGGUGUUUAGCAAUUGCAACUUGCUUUUGUGAACUCAAUUGAAGGCUAUGAAUUUAUAGAAAAGACGCCUGGUUAAACGAAAUUGUGCUACUGACACUUGAUGCGGCUUUGCACGUGCUACAAAACAGUACAGCACCAUGAAUAUAAUCUGAAACUAUCCAUCUGCAACUUUUUGGUUGUCGCCCGACCGUUCAUACGUGCACCCCUUUAUUUACCAGCUUUUCUGGACACAGGCCUGCCCAGAGGGAAUGUGCACGACUCAGGUCCCAUGCAAGGUGCCAUCCCUACCCAAUCCCACGACCCGUAAAGGUUGGCCACACCACCGGGGUCUACGACCCGUACUCUUUUCGAAUAGUGAUGUGGGUUCUUUUACUUCCCACAAGAACAAAUCAGUGAAAGUGCUGUGAGACGGGACCGACGGGUUUUCGUCCUUAUCCGAGAAGACUAGAAAGUCUAAUCAUUUGCAGAUGUCAUUACAAGGUGGCACUUUCUUCUCAGUUAUUUAAAGACCCUGAGUGUUGGUUCGGCCGGGGUUUGAACCCGCGACCUCCCGCUCAGCAGGCCGGCGCUCUUCCAACUGAGCUAACCAGGCGGCGGUUUAUAUGCACCGCAGGGAAACCAAUAUGACAUAGCACACUUACCCGCACAAAGGAUAAUGUUGACAUGAAAAGGUCAUGGUGUCAUUCAUUAAGAGUGAUAUACGCCUUCUAUGCCAAGGUCAAUCACCAACUGUCAAACAUGUUUGAUUCACUGACCCGUCUCAUAUGUACGCUGACCGUUUUUCUUUGAAUCGCAGCUUCAAAUAUUCAGCUUUGUAGUGUUGUGUCUGUAUACUUUGUUUAAUGUUUUAGUGGAGAUGAAAUUUGAUAUUUUAUUUUCUUUAGACAUUGGCAAGCCAGUACUGAUGUUAGAAGAACAGUACCGUAUGCAUCCAGAAAUUGCUUCUUUUCCGUCUCAACAUGUCUACAGCUCUCGCCUGAAAAGUCACAGGUUAGAUCCCUUAAAGUAGUUUUGCAGUGUUGGUUCUUUAGCAAACAAUCCCCAGGGUUUUGUGACUGAGCAACAAUAAAGGACAAAAGUAUUGAGACACUUUUAUAAAAUGGCCCCUUUUUGCAUAGUGGACAUAGCUAUCCCCUCCCCCCAAACUCAAUGUUGUAGUCUUUCUUUUACUACAAACGACAUUGAUUCGGGGGUGGGGAAUUUACGGCGAUUAAAUACAAAUGAAGAAAUAAAUGAAUGAAAUUGUUGAUAAAAGCACCCGUUUUAGACAAGUGUUUCAACUCCUUUUUUCCCUGAUUGUAGACUAAUUAGCGAACAUAGAUAUUAGAGCGCGUGAGUUCGCGUGAUCUAAUGCAGAAGGAAUGUGAACAGUGACACACUCCGAAUUUUUCCAGUUAUGUUAACGAGCUUCACGAAAACAUUCAUUUUUUAAUGUAAUAUUGUGCCAACAUAUUGCCAUUCAGUGUGGCGUGAGAAUCCACUAAAACUUUGAAUAAGAGUUCGCUUGAGUCAAAAAAAUAUUUCGUUCAGAUGAUACCCAAAAAAGAUUUUCUCUCUUUCGGGAAAAUUUUCGUGCAAACUUCAAAGAGAAUGUACCUUGAACCACUACCAAAGCCUUGUAAAAACCAGCAGUCGUUGAAGGUUCAGAUUUUAAAGUGUACGUUAAACCGAUUUUUUCAGCAGCAACGAUAAUACAUGAAAACCUCUUUUUGGUUGGCUUGUUUGCAACUGAAUGCUUUAGUAAGAAAAUAGUCAAGAAAUUAGCGUGCGUCACAUAAAUAAGUUCACCUUACGGCCGUUGUCACCUUUUCAUAGUGAUUAAGUAAUCUUACACCUCCAUUUGCGUUGCAGCUCUGUAGCGAAUAGGCGAUUUUGGUUGGAUAUGCACUACGCGCUUUUUGAUGUUAUUUGCGGACAAGAGAUAAGUCAAGAGAGAGGGUACGUACCAACUAAGUCAAUUUCUUUAACUAACACAGAAGAGGAAUCGUUCUUAUAACUUUACAUUUUUAUAAAACGAAACAUAAAGUAGAAUUAAAGGGUUGUUUGGCCAAUUCUUGCUGUCUAAAUUGACAGCAGUCUUUCCUCUUGAAAUCACUAAAAACAGCUUAAAAACGUUUGUUUUCUCUAAUCCUAAAAGUGCUUUAUUUUAGUGCUACAAACCAGUCAUUACAAUCAUCCGUUUUGAUACAGUAGAACCUACACAUGUAGAAUCGUAGUGCUUAGAAGGUCAAUUAUAAUGAUGGUGUUUUUGCGGUCAUUGUAAAAUUGCCGACCUCGUAUUCAACUUGCAAAUUGCCCCGAUGCUGAUAAAAAAAGACAAGAAUUCUCCCUGAUAGAGGGCGUUACCCGCUCCUACCGAUAAGUACAGUGACUUGUAACUUGCUUCUUUGUUAUUGGUAGUUGAGGGAAUGGGCAUUAACGUUAAUUCUUAAAUUCUUUCUUAAAAAGUGCAUUGUGGAAUCCAGCUGAGGUGGAGAUAAUCGCUGAUUUGUGCAGUAAACUUACAAUGAUAUUGAAGCCAGAAAGUGUUGGCAUUAUUACGCCGUACAGGAAACAAAAAACGGAGCUUCAAAAGAAACUGCACGACAGGUGAAUAUUGAUUUUGCUUUCCCUUGCCAAGAGACCUCUGUCAGUAAUAAUGAACCGUACGACGGUUUUCUGUAAAUAGGGACUUAGAGUUCCAACGACGCGACGGCAACGAGAACGUUGCUUAAAAAGUGAAUUUGCGUUAUUUCUCUCUUUGACUUUGGAUAUUCAACUUCAGGAGGGUUCGCCUACAUUUGACCAUUAAAGUUGGUCGGAAUAAUCGCGAUAAAGACUUAAUGUAGGCAAAUUCACUUUUUAAGCGACGUUCUUGUUGCCGUCGCGUCGUUGAAUCUUACAAAGUGCCUGUUGCCAGACACAGACGCACAUUGUUCAUGUGUCAGUGGUUGAUUUAGAGCUAUUGAUAGCAUUCUGGCAGUACCCUAGUCUUAAUAUUUCAUUAUAUGGUGUUGGAAGGUAAAAAUCUGUUGCUUUUGAGAAGUGAUCAAAGCUGUUGUACUCAGACAGUACCCACCGCUGCACCGGAAGACUGGCUCCCCAUUGUAAGAUGAUGGUGCCUCAUUUGCGAUGCCCCCUCAAUAACUAAUAAAAACUAAAACGCGAUUUAAUUUUUUUUCAUCAUUUCAAACUCCAUUUAAACAAAGCACUUUAGUCUUUUGUCCUCCAGGCUAAUCAGAUAGGAGGUGUCUAGUAUAACAGUAGUUUUUUUUUUAAAGAAAACUCCAGUCUUGUUCUCAUCACCUUGAGAAUAAUUUGUGUUUCUGUGUCUUUUUAGGGGCUUACCUAGAGAUGGUGCCGUUAUUGAAGUGAACACAGUAGAUGGCUUUCAGGUACUUUACAGUUAUUAGUGUGGUAGCCAGACAAAGGCUUUAUGAAACGUGAAACCAAUGCUUUACUUUAUUUCCAGGGAAGAGAAAAAGAUGUGAUUAUUUUGAGCUGUGUUCGUGCAAAGAAUGUUCGAGGCUCUAUAGGGUAAGAUGAAUCCCAUGUUUUGUACGUGAUAUGAUUCUUUUUCAGUACUGUAAUAAAAGUAUAUCCAUACAUGGGCAACGUAAUAUUGCGUUUAAUUUUGAUCUUUGUUCUCAGACAGAGGUAAUUGGAAGAGCAUACUGUGUGCCUUUCUAUGAAAUCUUGCAUCGUCCUUAUGUUCCUUUUCUGUCUGUUUGUUUAGGUUUGUAAGCGAUAGACAACGAAUGAAUGUUGCCCUAACAAGGGCAAGACAUGCUUUGUAUGUCUUUGGUCACAUGGAUACUCUGAAGGUAGUGUGUAGGUUUUUAAACGUUAGCAGCAAACAAAACAAUUGAUGUUGCUGAUAAAAAUAUUGGAAUUGAGAUUCGCCACUGUAGAAACGAGGGGGAACCUAGGCCGAGUUAACUUCCCCAAAAACUUCUGGGACUGUUAAUCGGGGCAGAGAUAAAAUUGGCCAAUAGCUGACGACGCAACCCCAGUAACGAUUCCAGAAGCAAUUGCGGGACGCAUUUCGGCUCCAGUUCCCUUGUCCUUGGCGAGUUAAUAGUGUCACAAUGACUGAUAUAAAGAUUCAUGGCCAAGUUUGUACCACAUUUACAGCUUUUAAUAAAGUAAUUUAGCAAAGUGCAUAUUGCUAAUAUGACAAAGGCUUCAAACACAGUUACGCAAUUUAUUGGUAACAAAUUUAGUUUAUGUGUGUGGACGAGCCCAACGACCCAUCAGGGAAGAGCUUGUUCCCUUUUUACGCAACAUGAAGUGCCUCCAUGGACGGGAUGCUAGUCCACUGUAGCGUUACCCCUCUGGAUUUAAUUCGCCAGUGCUCAUUUAUACAUCCGGAUGGAAUGAGGCACCGUGAGACAAAGGGGUCUUGCCCAAGAACACAACAUGAUGAGCCCGCACAGUGCUCAUUGAACCAUUUGACCACGGCGCCCUAUCCAAGCCUAAUGGAUAAGUCGGCUAUUAUUUAUAAAGCUCAAUACUGUUCUUGUCUUUGCUUGACAGGGUGAUUCCAAAGAUUGGGGAGCUUUAAUUGAAGAUGCACAAAAAAGGCACUGUUUGUAUCAUGUAGCAUCUGCAGGGGAUGUUCAGUCAGUUCUCUCCCUUAGUGUUAGGAACGAUGAGAGGUCUCCUGCUAGAGAUCCUCGGCAGAACCAUCAGACCGGGUCAGCAAGACGACUUGAGAACACCAAAGUAACUCCUACACUGACAACGGAGAACCAAAGAUCCAAAAAGACGGCUAAUGGAACGUUCCAGCAAGAGAAAGCCCUUUCAAGGGACUCCAGUGGCAAACUGUCAUCCUUUGAUAAUAACGUGAUGAACCGCCAUGCUGUGAACAGUGCAACGAAUGCUCUGCAUAUUUCUUCCACGAAUUCCGUGAGUACAAAGGAAGUGGAUCGCCAUAAUGCGAGGGAGAAUGAUUCACGGCAGAGACAUCAUCAAAACAGCCCCGAAAUGGAAGCACGUGAAAAGAACUCGGAAAGACGCGAUCAUCAAAAGCAACCUGAAAGUCAUGCUAAUAAUCAUCACCAUCGACAUCAGCAUGUAUCGAAGAGGCCGCAUUUUUCUGAACGAAAAGAACAACAAGGACAUCACCCUUCUUACAGGAGAGAACAUCAGAAGAAAAGCCAUGCCAAACACGAUUAUGUUCAAGACAACAUGCGCCACGAGAGGCCAGCCUUGACUGAGCAAAGUAAUAAGAGACAAAAGCUUAACGGUGAUGGAGUUAGAUCUUUUUCUCCAACUGCCACACAUCAUUCAGCAACAGCAUAUUCCUUGAAAAAUAGUUCUGAUAAAGAGAGGACUGGCAACAGUCAAGUUGGCAAACAAGUGGUUUCUCCCACAGGAAGCACUAAGCACUCUAAAGCAACUGGCCCUUGUAACCGUUAUUUGGGUUCCUAUGAAGACCACUUACAUAAAGAUGCUCGGCUGACAGCCGCAAAGGACUCGGGUUUGCAACGGGACACUAUUACAGAAAGCAAUUCAUCCUUUCUUCCUUCAUUUGAGUACGAAGAUUUAAGGUCACCCUCCGCAACAUCAAAUUCUCCUACUGUCUCCCCAAGAUCGCCGUCUGAAACCUCUGCUGGGCAUUCUACAGUUACACAGACCACAUCUGCGCAACAGUUUUCGAGAUCUUGGCCAUCGGUAUCACGUCGAAAUCAUAACCAACUACCGUCACACGAAUUUCCACAGCAAUACGGACGAUCAUUUAAUGGUAAACAUACAACCUAUUCUCCAGCCCUUCGCCCAACGUCAUCUACAUCAACUACUCAAACAAGCAAGGCACCUUCCGCAGUAGCAUCCGAUAGCAUGUCUUGGAACCGGUCGGAGGUGUCAAGGCCCUCAGUGUCACCACCAUCACAUGGAAUGCCCGAGGUUGGUUCUACUAGAAUUACCAGACAACCAUCCUCUUCUAGCCUCUCAAAUCACAGUGAUCGUCCAAUAAGCAGUCAUUCACUUGGUCGCAGGAGUAGUGGACUGGAUCCAGGAGCCGAACGAGCAGCUAACCUUGUAAGGGAGCGGCAUCCUCCUAAUACGGGACCUCAGAUCAUCCCACCAGCCUCGGCCCUAUUUGGCCGUAGAGGCAGCAGAGGCGCUCAUGCCGCGAGUGGUGAAGAGGUUGAGAGGCUGAGACAAAAGGGAGUCGUGGCGGCACAAGGGCAACAGAAGAAGGAUGGCAAGGAUCAUUCACGGAGAAGCCUAAAUAAGCAGAAGGCAAAGUGGGGCGAAAAUCUGAGGUGCCACAAAAGUUGGAACAAAAGGUGAUCUUUGGAGGUUGACGAGUAGUUUUUGCAGGCUUUUCUGCCCUAAACUGUUCACUUUGAACAGUGCCCAGUCGGCAGGCAUAUCUUGUGCCCAACCCUACCUUGUUGUCCUGUCAUUGUUCGUCUUGUAAAUGUAUUGUAAGUCAGAAAGCAUGAUUUCGAGAACACAUAUAUGAUGACAUAAACAGAGGCAAGCAUCUUGGCGUGUAAGAGUAACAGUAAUCUUUAAGUAGGCUGUGCUGAUACACUUCCGUUGAGUGUGAAGUACAGGGGAAUUUCAUAUUACAGUCGAAGCUCUCUUUUCCAACACUCUUGUAAGCGGACAGUUCCAAUCUGAACUAUCCGCUUGAGCGGUCAGCGAUGGUGAUUGCUGCCUCUUUUUCUCCGCAGCUUUUUGCUGUUUGCUUCUUUGUUCGCCUGUGUUUGUUUGUGUACCAAUAGACUUUUUAUCACAGGCAUUGAGCUUCACUAUAUCAGAGGAAAGUCAACCUCGUUAAAGGGGUAUAAGAGGUUUAACUAUGUGCCCUUCUCCAUUAGUGUUUUGCCUUUUGUGCUUUUUCUUCGAUGUUUCUUUCUUAAGGCCUUUGUAUUACUUUACGUAUUAUCUCCUACAUCAACAGCAUGCUUUUGAAUGAAGGAAAUAAGAUACAAACUGCCCGCUUACAAAAACCUUUUUUGUCAACUAACAGCUUCAGCUGGGGACACAUAUUGCUUCCCGAGAGUGUCCGCAUAAGGGAGCUUCGACUGUGUUUUGGUUUUUUGGGUGACCACUGACAGUUUUAGUUUGCUGGUUGAAUGAGUAGACCUACUGCGUGCUUUGAGUUUUGUUUGUCAACUAGUACCUACCCACUGAGUAUCAAGCGUAACCUGUAGUUUAAAAAUAUGACAGUGUUAAGAAAGGUCUAUCUGCUGUAAAGCUACAUGAUCACAACUGAUGCGACACGUCUUGGUAGGAACAUGGCA